GCCGAUAUCGACGUCACAAAUCAGGUGCGCAGGCGCCGGCGCUGUUUUGAGUCUGCGCGGCGGUGCCGGCGGCAGCAUGGACGACGAGGAGGAGACCUACCGUUUGUGGAAGGUCCGCAAGACGAUCAUGCAGCUUUGCCACGAUCGUGGAUAUUUAGUGACACAAGAUGAAUUGGAUCAGACAUUGGAUGAAUUUCGAGGCCAAUUUGGAGAUAAGCCUAGUGAAGGAAGGCCACGCCGAUCAGAUCUGACUGUGCUUGUUGCUCAUAAUGAUGAUCCCACUGAUCAGAUGUUCGUCUUUUUUCCAGAGGAGCCGAAAGUUGGAAUUAAAACUAUUAAGAUGUACUGUCAACGCAUGCAGGAAGAGAAUAUUACUAGAGCUAUCAUUGUGAUACAGCAGGGGAUGACACCGUUAGCAAAACAGUCUCUGGUUGACAUGGCUCCAAAGUAUAUCCUUGAGCAGUUUCUGCAACAAGAACUUCUAAUUAACAUUACAGAACAUGAGCUUGUUCCGGAGCACAUCGUGAUGACUAAGGAGGAAGUAACAGAGCUGCUGGCACGAUACAAGUUAAAGGAGAGCCAGUUGCCAAGAAUACAAGCAGGUGAUCCAGUAGCACGAUACUUUGGAUUGAAAAGAGGGCAGGUGGUGAAGAUUAUAAGACCUAGUGAGACCGCAGGAAGGUACAUCACCUACAGACUAGUACAGUGAGACAUCUCGCAUGAAAACAGAAGGCUGAGGGGAAACACUGAAAACUUCAAGUUGCUGUUUUGUGCUAAUGUGCAAAGGAUGGUCUUUCAGUUAGUUCUAUAACUGUGUGUCUUGUCAUUUGAUUGUUUCUUUUUAAAUAAACUUUCCAA